UGGGGGGUGGCACCUUUUGCCGAGGGGCCCGCGCGGACGAGCUACACCGCGGGGCGGGGCGGGCGCCGGCCCCGCCACAGCCACGGCCCGCCCCUCCGCAGACGGGUGAAGGGGAGGAGGCCGGGGGCGAAGCAGAGGAUGGCGAGGAGGGGGCGAGGGAGGGGGAGGGAUGACGGAGAUCCUCCUCCGCGAAGGCGCACGUCGGGCGAGGUACCCAGAUCGCGGGAGGCCCUUGAAAAAAGAACGCGCGGGCAGGGCCAGCGCUGCCCCGCCCUGGGAGCAGCGGGUGGCGACAGCGGAAGGACACGGCGCCCGCGCCGAGCCCGAGGGGCGUUCGGGGUGGGGUGCCCGAAGCCCAGGUGGAUCGGCGACAUGGGGCGAAGAGGUCUCUACAGAUCCGCCGCCCCCGGCCAAGCUCAUGCUGGUCCCAGGAGCGGUGUGUAAGGACACCCUCCUGGCGUGGCCAGGGUCGCUCUCAAAUCUGAGGGCGGGAAAGAGAUGAGCAUAGGCAACGCCUUCCAAGAAGGAGGGGGGGGAGGUGGAGGAAGGAAGGGAAAACGAGGAGAAACAUCGGACACGGGCAAGCUGGGACAGCGGCAUCCAGCUUCGCUCCUCUCCACCACCUCCUCCUCGACGUUCUCUUCAUCCUCAUCCUCGUUCGAGAGAGGGGUGGUCGUUGUCUACGGCUUACAAUUGAGAAUGAGGUCGCAACCGGGAUCGUCAGCGCAGACGGGUUGUUGUUGAUCACCUCCAGCGCUCUCUCGUCUCCCAGAUCCGCUGGCCCCCUCCGACGGUGACCUCCAGGAGAAUCACGAGGCACGCUGCGCGAAGG